AGCCGUUGUGCGAUGUAGACCAUCACCUCCCCCAAUGGCGCCCGGACCCGUCGGGACAGCACCGUCUGGCGAUGGGGAGGGCCCGCGGCGGGUGCCGGUGCCGAGCCCUGAGAUACAGGAGCUCAUGAUGGCGGCGGCGCAGUACACCGAGAUGGCCGCCAGCCUGCGGCAGAAGGGAGAGCUCGACCGUGCGAUCCGCACCAUGGAACGUGCGGUGGGAAUGGCCUCCAAGGCGGAGUACCACCACCCAGCCAUGGCGGUGGAGACCGCCCGCGCGCGGAUCAACUUGGCCGCCACCCUCUCGGAGGCGAAGCGGCACCGCGCCGCGUUAAUGGCGAUCAAAAAGGCACAGAACACCCUGAGCCGCGUGAUCGCAUGGGCCCAGCCCUGCAGUGACGACCCCGCGGCCCACAGCAUCCUGGAGGAAGCGCGCACGCUGCGCUGCGCUGGGCUGGUGGCGGAGUCGAUCCAGAUGGAGCUUUGCCCAGGCCCCAGCGUGGAGCCCGCCGGCAGCGGGUACGAUGCGCACAUGGCGCCCAGCUCGCUGCCCGGGCAGACGGUCUCGCUGCCACCGCUCGUGCCUCCCCGCGCCGAGACGAAGGCCGCCAAGGCGGAUGCCGCCGCCACGGCGCCCGUCGCGGGACGGGCCCGGCCUCGCGCAGGACCUACUGAGCAGCGCCAGGCAGUGGUGAAGGUUCCUAUGCGGCCGCGCGUGGUCGAGGAGCGCACCGACGUCUUCUCGGAGUUCCUCCGCGGCCGCGAGGCCGAGCGCGUGGCGCGCCUCGGCUCCUUGAACGACAACUGGGAAGACCAGGCGAAGAGGCGCUUGGGCCAGGUGCAUCGCAGCACGCAGCUGGCGCUGGACUUGAUGGGUGACGAGGAGCUGAAGGAGAAGAGAUACACCCACACGGGGCAUCAGGUCUUUAUGAAGGCCAUGAAGAAGGCCAACCGAUGUUGGAGCGAUCCUGUCUUGGUUCAAGAAGCUGCCAAGGAGAAGGCAACCCCGGAGAUUUGCCAGAUCCGGAAACUCAACCGGCAGCUCUACGUGAAGCCGCCGACGCCCCCGCCCGUGCAGCCGCCCAAACCCAAGAUGGACGCGGGCUUAGCGAGCAACCUCCGCUCCAACCAUGUGAGGUCAAGUCUGAAAACCGAUGGCUGAGACCGUGGAUGGCUGAGACUGAGACUGGUGGUGUUUUUGGUGCCACCGCUUUCGAGGUUUGUUUCACUCAGAGUUCCAUAGCCCUGCAGAUCCAGUGGGCACACUCGCUCGGUUUUUCCACAUGCUCAGUUUGGGUCAUUAGAAUUGGUCAU